AUGUCGAAAAAACAGAAGUACACUUAAAAAUAGACCAAAAAAAUUCUAGCUUAGGACAUAAAUGAGAGUGAUUAAUCACAUUUCUUCAGUCUUCUUGGUGAUGAUUAUGAAGUAAGAAUUAUUUUCAAUUAUAAUAGAAUAAUGACAAUAUUAAAGUAGCUUAAAAAAUACUUGGAGAUUAUAAAACUCUUCUUUAGUAUUCUGCAAAUAAAUUUUGGGCAACUAUCUCAUACAAUUUAAACCUCUAAAAUUCUUUAGACCUUUUUUUGAGAUAUGCACCAAGAAAAUAUUUUCUCAAAGAAACUCUUCAUUUUACAGGAUAUUAUGGAGUACUUUUAAAAGAGAUUUUUAAAUGUGUCUUUGCAAUUUAUUUAAGAUUAAUAGAUUUAUAAAAUGAGGAUGAAAUUCUUUACGAAUAAAUUGGUGUUCAUGAUUUAGUUUACUAAAAAUGGAUCUUUGAUGUCAUGAAAUUAACUGAUAUCUGCACAAUAUAUGCUCAUUAAAAUGAAAGUAAUAAUUUGAUUGUAUAAGCUUAGAUGCUGUAAAGAAAAUUUGUUAAUUUGUAUUCAAUUAUCAAGCUUAUCAAGAUGAUUAUAAAUCAACAAUAGAUUCUUUUAUGAAAAAUGUUCUUUAAAAAAUCUAUGAAGAGAUAUUUUAGAUAAACAAUAAAUCAGCAAAUGAAAGUGAAAUAAUUAUAAGUGAUGUUGAAUAAAAAAUGGAAUUAUUAACUUUAAUGUUAGAUUCAAUAGAGACAGCGAUAGUUUGGGCAAAGUAUUUUCCACAAAAGUAACAUCUAUUUAAGCCAGAAAUAAUGUAAUGUUUUGAAUAGAUUUUUUAUGAAUUAAUUUUGGCUAAAGGAUAUAGUCGAGGAAGUACAUAAUUGGCAGGUAUUUGGAAAUCAUAAUAUUUAUAAAAUUUGAACUAUUUUUUGAAGCAAGCAGUUUAAAGAUUAAUUGAAUUCUUUGUUUUAUAUAUGAGAUAUGUGGAAGAUUUAAUAAUGACAAAACAGAUAAAGUAAUGUUAGGAACAUAUGGUUUAUUUGAUUUAGAAUUUCGGUACAAUGAAAAGGAAAUUUAAAUCUAAGAAAGGAAAUUAGAGUUAGAAUAAAGAAUGGACACUUUUUGAGGCACUUUAUGAGAAUAAUUUUAAUAUGAUUGAAUUGUUAAUGAAUACUCCAUGGAAUUAGAUAAAUUUACCAAAGGAUGAUAUAGAAGAGGUAACACUUUUAAUGACUACAGUAAUUGAUGAGAGAGAGAGACUUAAAGAUAGAAUGAAUAAUAAUGAGAUAGAGAAUUUUGAUGUUUUUGAAAACUUUGAUCCUAGUUAAUCUACACUUCCUAAAGAAAUUUUAGAGAUAGAUGAAAAAUAAGAGAUUGAAGAUUAAGAAGAGGAUGUAAAAGAGAAAGAGGGAAAUGUAGAAGUGAAAUAGGAAGAGAAAUUAGUGGAAAUAAUAUCAAAAAAGAAAUAGAAAUUAACAUUUGAUUAACCAUUGAAAGAUAGAAUAGAGAUGGCAGAAAUAACUGCAAAAUUAUAUAAUGAUGAACCAGAUGAUACAUAUGAUUAUUAGGAAGCAUUAUAAAGACCAGAGAAAGAAUAUACAAGUAGUGAUGAAGAUGAAUUUGAUGAUUAUGUUCCAAAUGAUCAUUUUGUUAGAUAUGCAUAACCACCUUCUAAGAAAUAAUUUAAUUCAUAAGUAAAUUCAGGACAUAGUUUGAGUUAUUAAAAUUUGGAUAGUAAUAAUGAUAAAUAGAAAAAAAUAUUUCAGAAUCCAAACAAAUAACCAUAAUAAUAGUAUUAAUAAAAAGAUUAAAAGAGUUAUGAAAAAGGUUUCAGUGAUGAAGAAGAUGAUUAAGGUGGAAAGAAUAAAAAUAAUAAAAAUAAUAAAAAUAGUUAUAACGAUAAUCGUGGUUUUUAAGAAAAAUCAUAGAAAGUAUAUGUUAGAGAAAAUCAAUAUUAUAAUAAUAAUAAUGAAUAUUAGAGAAAAUAAUAGAAUAAUAAUAAUCAAAAAUAGGAGGAUCGAAAUAAAAAUAGAAAUUAAGAAUAAUAGAGGAAUGAUGAUUCUUAUAAAAGAGAUGAUUAUGAUAGGGAAGAGAGAGUUUAAGGAAAUAAUAAUGAUCAAAAGAAGGUUUUGUAGAAAGAGAGAAAUAGAGAUGGUGGUUAUGUAGGAAGUAAUAAAACAAAAACAUAAUAAGAAUAUGAAUAGAAAUAAGAAAGUAAUUACGAAUAAUAGUAGAAAUAAAAUAAUAAUAAUAAGAAUAGACAAUAAUAAUAAACAAGAAAGAAUUUGAAUUUAAAGGCUCCAUCUUAUGAACUUUUUGUUCCUAAGGAGGAAUAUGAAUAAAAAGAAUAAUAAGUUUAAGAAUAGAGAUAGGAUAAGAAACAUCAAAGAGGAUAAAAGUGAG